CCGAGGCACACAUCAAUACUCUGCCUCCCACCGAUCCGAUGUACGAGGCCCUCAAUGACCGGGACGACUUCUAUGGGGAAGAAGUGAGACUCGGCGGCUUUCGUCUGGCGUGUUGAGGUGCCGGAUACGGCAAGAUGGCCGUACUGGCCUUACAAGAAUGGUCAGCACGUCUUCGUGUCCGGCCCUCUGGAGAAGAGGAUAGACGGCGUCUACUGCAUGAUCCUGCAGUCCAUGCACUCCGUCGGCAACUUCGCUUCUUCCGCUUCCUCCUCUUCCCCGCAGCGCCCCACCGUCGUCCACCGACGCCCCAACUUCUCCUUCCCGCACGAGCCUCCUGUCGAGUCUUCCUUCGCCUCGGCUGCUAUCGUCUAGCACCCUCGGUAAGAUUACUUUGUUGUUUGAGCAGCAGGAAGAGAGGGCGGCUUCAUGAGCGGCAGAGUGUCUGGCGGUGGCUGGACGUUCGCCUGUCCAGUGAAGAGCACGACAGUUCUCGCAUACAUAGUCGCAGAGACCGGUAGAGUACUGGGGGACAUCGCCCUCCUGAUCAAGGAAUCCGGAGAGUAGUCACCUCUGCCUUUGUCUGUUGUACUCAUAUGCAUCCUUCUCACCCGUCUGCCAAGCUCUGUUGCCUUUACCGUUUAGGUUUUUGCCAGACUCACUUCAUGGACUUACCUGCUG